AACACAUGAGUGUUGAGACAAGCUUGCAAAGUGUGAAGUCAAUCAGAGGACAUUCCCCCUUGUUGGAAAACUUAACAAACUGUGCUGUUUUUGUUGUUGCCUUCAACAAUAUCUAAAUGCUUUUGGAUUUGGAUAUAUUCCAAGGACGUCUAUUUGAAACUUUCAACAGAGAGAUCCACUCAGGAGGAACCGCCAUAUUUGAUGGAGUCCCAUACUAUAACAUUAGCUGUACAUUGAAGGUGGUCCGUUAAAGCUGCCUGGGUGAUCAACCCGAGCCUCUCAAAUUACCCCUCCAUCCUCAUACAGUAGCCAGACAGUAGCUUCUCUUAUCUAGCUGCCGUGAGCGGUAUGAUAGAAGGUGUAUAUGAGCCGGUGGAGCACCAUUGGUUCCACUGCGAGCAGCAGGUGGACUGUAAAGACUCCUGGUUUCCUUUCAGCAGGGAGGACUCACCAAGGCUGGAAGAGGCACACAAACAUGGGGAGACCCGUGGGGUGGAGGAGAUUGUGGUAGCCACAGAGGGUAGGCGUUUCGAUGUGAGGCUGAAGGAGAGGCGGCGUUACGCGGUGUACUGGGAGCAGCCCCCCUCGGAGGUCAGGCGCUGCUCCUGGUUCCACAAAGGAGACAAGGAUAUCUCCUACACCCCUUACCCAGAGCACACCAGUCUCAUUCUGGAGGAGGCUUACAUGAUAUCAGUGACGCUGAAUGACUGGACGAGGAAGUUAGAAUUCCCCACUGGAGAAACGGUGGUGUUGCACAGCCGUAUGCUUAUGACACAGCAACAGACAAUCCCCUCGAAGUACUGGAUAAGCUUCCCCUCUGCCUCUGAGCAAAGUCGACCCAGGACUGUCAAAAGGGGGCUGGAUGGUAUUUCAAUAGAGAUACCUGAAGGAGAGCCUUACCAAGUCGACCACCUUGUCUUCAUGGUACAUGGCGUUGGACCGGCCUGUGACAUCCAGCUGCGUGGGGUCGUUGAAUGUGUGAAUGAUUUCCGCGAUGCUUCACUCAGCCUGCUGAGCAGUCACUUCAAGCAGAGCCAAGAUGGCACCCACAUGGGCCGCGUGGAGUUCAUUCCAAUCAACUGGCACCGGGUGCUGCAUGGGGACGCCACUGGGGUGGAUGAGGAUAUCCAGAGGAUCACACUGCCCAGCAUCAGUCGUCUGCGUCAGUUCAGCAACGGCACGGUGCUGGACCUGUUCUUCUACAACAGCCCCACCUACUGCAAGACCAUCAUAGACACCGUGGCCUCAGAGAUCAACCGCCUCCACCACAUAUUCCUUCAGCGCCACCCACAAUUCACUGGUGCAGUGUCACUGACUGGACACAGUCUGGGUUCUCUGAUCCUCUUUGACCUUCUGACAAAUCAAGAAAUACAUAACACAGAUGAAAAGAUAAGUAGCGUCAGCAGCCCAAGUAAAGCAACCUCCAUUAACUUUGAGAGCUUUGAGGAAACACUUAGGAAUUUCGGAUUGGGCAAGUUCUUCCAAAUGCUUACAAAGGAGCAAAUGGACUUAGAAUCACUGACUCUCUGUUCGGAGACAGACUUGAAGGACUUGGGAAUACCCUUGGGGCCUCGCAAGAAGAUCAUGUGCUUGUUGAAGAGAUGGAGAGAGAAGCAGCAAUCUAGGACAGGAAUGUCCCAGCCAGUUCCUGGCGUUCCAGGUGUGUAUUCCCAGGUCCAAGAACAACCAACGCUCCUCUCAGACGCCCCCUCCACCAGCCCAGUGGAUUACAAGUACUUUGACAUUGGCAUUGGCCAGGUGUCCAUUGUGUACCCUCAGCUGGCCUUCCAGCCACAGGCCUUCUUUGCCUUGGGUUCUCCUAUAGGGAUGUUCCUAACGGUGCGCGGCCUGAAGAGGAUCGACCCCAAAUACAGCCUCCCCACCUGCAAGAGCUUCUACAACAUCUUCCAUCCAUUUGACCCGGUGGCCUUCAGGAUUGAGCCCAUGGUGGUGACUCCAGGGGUGGACCUGCCCCCAAUGCUAAUACCACAUCACAAGGGCAGGAAGAGGAUGCAUCUCGAGCUGAAAGACAGCUUGAAGCGAGUCAGCUCAGAUCUGCUGCUCUCCAUCAGUACUCUGCGUGAUGUGUGGCAAAACCUCACCACUCUACCAGUCAACACACUGCCCCCAGUGGCCACCACAGCUGCACUGCCACAUCAGGAGUCAGAAGGUAGUAGGGCCCAAAACGGUACCGUCUCACCUACAGAGAUGAAGAAUAUCAGUUUUGGAAUGUUGAAUGGUGGACGUCGGUUUGAUUACGUCCUUCAAGAGAAACCCCUAGAGAGCUUCAAUGAGUAUCUGUUUGCCAUCCAGAGCCAUCUCUGCUACUGGGAUUCUGAGGAUACCGUGUUGCUGCUUUUGAGAGAAAUCUAUGAGGGGAAGGGAAUCCUUCUCUAGCUUCUCCAAAUGUCCAUGUAAAGCAGGGGUGGGCAAUUCCAGUCCUCGAGGGCCUGAUCAGUGUCACAGUUUUGCCCCAGCUAACACACCUGACUCCAAUAAACACUGAAUCAUGAUAUUCGGUUUAGAAUGCGAUUUGAUUAGUCAGCUGUGUUUGCUAGGGAUGGAGAAAAAGUGUGAGGCCGAUCAGGCCCAGGAGGAGUGGAGUUGCCCAUCCCUGAUGUAAAGAAUGGAUCUUUUGAGUUGUGUAUCUACUAGAGGAGACUCUGGAUGCAUCACAUUUUUAUGGCUUCAUUUGUAUUUAUUUUUCUGUCAAGUGUAUUGAGGCUUCUGGUAAAUGCACUUUGAAUAAAUGGUGAUUUUUAAUCUGAAUUGUGAUUUGAUCUGGAGAUGGCAAAUUUACAUAAACUGUUACUUUUAACUAAUGCACUGUUUGCAUAAGAAUGCAUUUAAAAUGUACUGUAGGAUUAUGGGCUUGUUCUAAUUUGUUUACAAAUAUGGAAACUGUGACCAACUUUUAAUUAAAGCUGCUAUUCUGCUUAUUCCCACUU